CCCCGGAGCUUGGCAUUAAGAGCCGUGCUUUUUUUUUCCAAGAUUGCAUGGCCUUGUCGUGGGAAUCAGAGAGCACUUUCAUUGCAAGACAACUUCGAUCCACUAUUUCCCGUAAAGGAGCUUAGCCAUCAUGGGAUCGAGGUCGCAGCGAAACCCCACCCCCGGUUUUUUCUUCUCCGGUAUCGCGCUAAGCAGCUGUUUGACAACCACUAGACAGCGCCGUGAUGAAGCUACCUAUGACAAGGUGAUAAUUGCGCCGCCGGUAUACAUUGCGCGUUUAGCAGCAGGAGGUGCCGGGAUGUCCAAAGCCAUGGCGGCCGAGUCUCGGUCACAGUCGCGGCCGGUCGAAACACCGGGCGCGGGCCAGAACUACAAGGGCUUCGUCGCCGGGGUGUUUAGCGGCAUCGCAAAGCUUUCGGUCGGCCACCCGUUCGACACGAUCAAGGUCCGCCUGCAGACCACGGACGCGUCGCGCUUCACCGGCCCGCUACAGUGCCUCCUGCAGACGGUCCGGAACGAGGGCUUCGCGGGGCUCUACAAGGGCGCCACGCCGCCGCUGGUCGGCUGGAUGUUCAUGGACAGCGUCAUGCUGGGCAGCCUGACCGUCUACAGGCGCCUGCUCCGCGAGCACCUCUUCGACCCGCCGCUGCACCCGCCGCACGACGUGGUGGCCCACGGCGGCAGAGGCGCGCCCGACACCCUCCCGGCGCACGGCCACGGCGUGGCCGGCAUCCUGGCCGGCGCGACCGUCAGCUUCAUCGCGGCGCCCGUCGAGCACGUCAAGGCGCGCCUACAGAUCCAGUACGCGGCGCGCAAGGCGGACCGCCUGUACGCGGGCCCCCUGGACUGCGUGGCCAAGAUACACCGGCACCACGGUGUGCGGGGGCUCUACCACGGCCUGGGCGCCACCCUCCUCUUCCGGGGCUUCUUCUUCUUCUGGUGGGGCAGCUACGACGUCCUGUCGCGCUGGAUGACGAGGAGCACCGACUGGGGCGCGCCCGCCGUCAACUUCUGGGCCGGCGGGCUGAGCGCCCAGGUGUUCUGGCUCACGAGCUACCCGAGCGACGUCGUCAAGCAGCGCAUAAUGACGGACCCGCUCGGCGGAGGGCUCGGCGACGGCACGCCGCGCUUCCGCAGGUGGAGGGACGCCGCCCAGGCGGUGUAUCGGGAACGCGGGCUCAGGGGAUACUGGAGGGGCUUCUUGCCGUGCUUCCUCCGUGCAUUCCCCGCAAAUGCUAUGGCUCUCGUGGCUUUUGAGGGAGUAAUGAGAGCACUGCCAUAGGGAUAGCAUGGCGCCUAGAGUGUGUAAGGCAACACAACAUUGCCUGAAACACAAGCUCGGCAUGCUCCAAAACAGAUGGCCUCUCGAGGCGCCAAGCAUGGUGAAAUUACAAUACCACAACAGCACAAGGUCGCAAGAACCCCGAGCGCCUAGAUAUCACGGCAUCGACAGGCAGAGAACAGCAUGUACUUGCAACCGCAAGCCGAUGGCUCCCGUUUUUGGUAUUUUUGUGGACGACAAAGGUCCCCUGCCGCUAUCAAGCUAGCA